AGGCCGCGAGCGCGCACUUCCGGUCUUUGUGGCUCGCAGCUGCAGGUCCGGGGCUCGUACCCUGGCGGCUCCUGAGCUUCGCGGAAAGAAGAGAUUACUCAAAAGCAACUGAAGUAGAGGACCCAGUUGUAGUGAGCUUUUUGCUAAGCUGUUUCAGCCCAGAACGGCUAUGGAAUCCAGAGCAGUUUCAACCCCAGUACCUCAGAAUUCUCAGGAACAAGAGCUAAUACUAGUGAAAGUAGAAGAAAGCCUUUCUUGGGGUCAGAAACUUAAGCAGAAUGGGAGUACCCGAUCCUGCCAGGAAUUGUUUCGCCAGCAGUUCAGAAAGUUUUGCUACCAGGAGACACCUGGGCCCCGGGAGGCUCUGGGCCGACUCCAGGAGCUUUGCUGUCAGUGGCUGAGGCCAGAGUUGCAUACGAAGGAGCAGAUCCUGGAGCUGCUGGUGCUGGAGCAGUUCCUGAGCAUCCUGCCUGAGGAGCUGCAGAUCUGGGUUCAGCAACACAGUCCAAAAAGUGGCGAGGAAGCUGUGACCCUGUUGGAGGAUUUGGAGAGGGAAUUUGAUGAUCCAGGGCAGCAGGUCCCAGCUAGUCCACAGGGACCAGCAGUGCCAUGGACGGAUUUGACAUGUCUUGGAGCAUCCCAGGGGUUAACAAACAUCGAACUCCAGCCUUUAAAGACACAGCUGAAACCCUGGGAAGCUUGCCUUUCCCCCAGAAGCGAUUGUGAGAACAAUGGAUCAGCAACAAAGAAGGACAUUUCAGGAGAGAAAUCGCAAAGACUUCCCCAGGAGCCUUCAUUUGGAGGAAUUAGUGAACAUGAAAGCAGUUCAGAGUGGCAGCAAGGAAGUGCUACAGGGGAGAAAUUAAGAAGAUCCCCUUCCCAAGGGGGCAGUUUUAGUCAAGUAAUCUUCACACACAAAUCUCUAGUAAACAAAGACCAUCCUGAGCCCCAGAGAAGGUUGAUUCUAAAUACAAACUCUAUAACGUAUCAGAAAGUUCCUGCAGAAGAGAGACCUUACAGGUGUGAUGUAUGCGGGCACAGCUUCAAACAGCAUUCUGCUCUAACACAACAUCAGAGAAUCCAUACUGGAGAAAAGCCGUACAAAUGUAGCCAGUGUGGGAAGGCCUUUAGUUUGAGGUCCUAUCUUAUUAUUCAUCAGAGAAUUCAUAGUGGUGAGAAAGCAUAUGAAUGUAGUGAAUGUGGGAAGGCCUUCAACCAGAGCUCAGCCCUCAUUAGACAUCGGAAAAUCCAUACUGGUGAGAAAGCUUGUAAAUGUAAUGAAUGUGGCAAAGCAUUCAGUCAAAGUUCAUAUCUCAUUAUCCAUCAAAGAAUUCACACUGGUGAGAAACCCUACGAGUGUAAUGAGUGUGGGAAAACCUUUAGCCAAAGCUCAAAGCUUAUUAGACACCAGCGAAUUCAUACAGGAGAAAGACCUUAUGAAUGUAAUGAGUGUGGAAAAGCUUUCAGGCAGAGCUCAGAGCUGAUAACCCAUCAGAGAAUACAUAGUGGGGAGAAACCCUAUGAAUGUAGUGAGUGUGGAAAAGCCUUCAGUCUGAGCUCAAACCUCAUCAGACACCAGAGAAUUCACAGUGGAGAGGAACCUUAUCAGUGUAAUGAAUGCGGCAAAACCUUCAAAAGGAGCUCAGCCCUUGUUCAACAUCAGAGAAUCCACUCUGGGGAUGAGGCUUACAUAUGUAGUGAAUGUGGGAAGGCUUUCAGGCACAGAUCAGUCCUCAUGCGCCAUCAGAGAGUCCACACUGUAAAGUGACUUAUGAAUACAAUGAAUACUGUACAUACUUCAGUCAGGCUUCUAUCUUUGUUAGUCAAAAGGGUUUAAUUUAAUUUGGAGUAAGACUCCAUGGAGGUGGUUGUACAGUACUAGGUCUCGAAUCAAUCUGACUUUAUACAGCACUUGCCAGUGCUCAUGCACAUUGUCCCCUGAAAGCUUUUCCUGUGACUAAUUAGAAGAGCAGACAGAAGAAUCAUUGCUUCCACCUUUCUCUUACCAGUAAGAAUACUCAGGAACUGUGAAAGAUGGGACUAUAGCAUUGAAACAUCUUUUUCCAUGAGAAUGUCACAAAGGGCACAGCAACUCUGUCACUGCAUCUAAUUGUCAGUGGGCCAGAUUUGGAGGGUGAUGUGGAGAGUAUGAGGGACGUUUUGUCUCAGGAAUGCAAAAAUUGUACUGACCAGUUAAGAACAGUGGCAGGGCAGCGAGAUAUGGGGAAACAGUUUCAUCGAUGACUUAUUGAGCCCAUGGCAGACCAGAAGUGAGAUAGUGAAAAGGAAAUACAAAUUAAGUUAUCCAACAGUUAUUUUUUGAGUGGCUGCUUUGUGCCAGGCACUAGGGAUACAGUGGAAAAUAAGACCAUACCUUCAGUUUCACGGACAACACAAACAGGCAGUGACACUAUGGUACAAUCAGUGCUGUGUGAUGUUAAGGAGUACCUGGCCCAACCUUGGAUCAGGGGAGGCUUCUGAGAAAAAUUAUCUGAAGGAUGAGUGGCCAGGAAGGUAGGCCGGCCAGGAAGAAAGUCUGGCACAUCUGAGGAAAGGAAAAGGCCAUUUUGCCUGGAGUAUUCCUUUAUGAGUUCCUUUUGAAGUGGAUUCCUGUCUGUAGGAAAAGCAUGCAUGUGGCCAGAAUCUCUGUUUACUACAGUGCCUAUAGUGAAACGUGAGCCAGUGGAGAAAUUUGUAAAUAGACAAAACCUGGAGUCCUUGGAGCAUGGCGUGGUGAGGAGCUUUGUCUUGGUUUGUAUGACCCCAGGGGAAGGGUUAAAACGUAGCUUCCUUGUCCAACCUGGAGGCUAGGCCUUCCAUGUGGGUGAGGGCAGAGCCCAGUCUAGAAGUUAAGAGUCUUAAGAGUUCCAAAUCUCACCCUCGCAGACAUAAGGACUCCUUUGGUUCUUGAGACGUGACCAGAGCUUCUGUCGGCUUCCUCCUAACUCCCCAGGCUCCGGGUCGGAAGCCGCUACGGCUGCCGUAUCAUUGGUUUCUGGGUCUGUACUCCCACCGUUCCUAGUGCACACCCCUAGGCUCAGGCACUAAAAACUUCCUCCACUGCUGGGUCUGUUACUCUCCAGGCGCCUCACAUGUGUUCAGUUUUGUCAUAUCAGCAGUAUUUCAGUCUUGUGAACUUUGUUAAAGACCAUGCUAAAGGGAAAUAACAGUAAUAGUCACGGUCCAUCCAGAGAGACUGCCCUCUUCUGAGGGACCCAGCAGGAAAAGGAUCCCUAGACUGGUGCUUCUCAGUGCAAUGCAGAAAGGUGUAUAGGUUAGUCAGCAACAGAAAGACAUGUUAUUUAAAAUACCUAAUAGGUCAGAGUUACAACACACCUUACCAAAAAUUCAAGCCUUUGGGAAUCUCGAGUCCUGCACAUAGGAACUGAGUUUUCAUGAGGAUAAAUAGAGAAGUAAUGCUUCUGUUGGGGCAUGAGCAUGUACUAACCAGUAAGAAUGGCAGGAGGACUAGAUGCCCAAGCUUGGAGAGAAUGUGAGAAAAGAAAGGGCUAGGUUAAAUAACAAAAUAGCGUGGUAAAGCUAUUCAACUCAUAUUCCUCUUCCACAGAGGAAGAUCCAAUCAAACUGAAAAGGGCAGAACAAAUGUUAAGUAGGAAUUGAUACAACAUAUAUUACAAAAGGCAAAUAUUCUUUAUAUAGAGAGUUCUUACAUAUAUCGGUAAGAAACAAUAGGUACUUGCAAAGGGCUUUGUGUAUAUGUAUUACUUCUCAGCCCAUAGUUUGCAGAUGAAGAAAUGAAGGCUUGAGGUCAUGGCUUACUCAAGGUCAUGUAGCUACAAAGUGGUGAGCUCAGACUUUAGACCCAGGCAGUAGGAAUCCAGAACGUGUCUGGGGAGCCACUACUCUGUACUAUCUCCCCAUGAAAAAGUCCCAAUAGAGAAAAGUAGUACUUAGAUAGGCAAAUCACAAAAGAAUAAAUGCCAAUGGACAGUAAAUAUUAGCCUUGCUAGAAUUAAAAAUGUAUAUUAAAGCAAGAGUUGAGAUGGCGCUUUUUUUCCCUCAUAAAACUAACAAAGAUUCAGGGAAAUUGGGGCUCUAAUGCUGCUGGUGAGAUGUGAGUAGAUGCUGUCUGUGGCAAUCAAUACCAGAAGCCUUAAACAUUGCCUUUUGACUUUAAAAUUCUACCUGGAAAUGUAUGCUUCAGAAACCAUCAUGAAUGUAUACAAAGUCUUAAAAGCUGUUAAAAGUGAUGUUGAUUAAUAUUAAAUAAGAAAGCGUUCAUAUCUUAAGUAAAAAUAUAAGACGAUAUGUACAAUACGAUUUGUGUAAAAAUAUAUUUAUGCAUUAAAAAUAUUGGAAAUAUA